AUGUCACACUCCCACUCCCACGACCACGGCAUGAGCCAUUCCCACGAUGACCCCUUCAACGGCCACGGCCACUCCCACGAGAUCCUCGACGGGCCGGGCUCAUACCUGCAGCGCGAGAUGCCAUUGAUUGAAGGCCGCGACUGGAAGGACCGCGCCUUUACCAUUGGUAUUGGGGGACCAGUCGGAUCCGGCAAGACGGCGCUGAUGCUCGCGCUGUGCCAUGCCCUGCGAGAUGAAUAUAAUAUUGCCGCUGUGACGAAUGAUAUUUUCACGCGCGAAGACGCCGAGUUCCUCACGCGGCACAAAGCCCUCUCGCCCAGCCGCAUCCGCGCCAUCGAGACAGGCGGAUGUCCGCACGCCGCCGUCCGCGAGGACAUCAGCGCGAACCUACUCGCCCUGCAGACGCUCCAGAAGCAGUUCCAGACGGAUCUGCUGCUCAUUGAGUCUGGGGGGGAUAACCUCGCUGCGAACUACUCGCGCGAGCUGGCGGAUUUCAUCAUCUAUGUGAUUGAUGUAGCGGGGGGUGAUAAGGUGCCCCGUAAGGGCGGGCCGGGGAUUACGGGCUCGGAUCUGCUGGUUGUGAAUAAGAUUGAUCUUGCUGAGGCGGUGGGGGCGGAUUUGAAGGUUAUGGAGCGGGAUGCGGCGAAGAUGAGGGAGGGGGGGCCGACGGUUUUCGCGGUGGUCAAGCAUGGGAAGGGGGUGGAUCAUAUUGUGAAUUUGAUUCUCAGUGCGUGGAAGGCGAGCGGGGCGUAUGAGGUUAGUCUGGAGAGGUGGAAGAAUGGGGCGCCGAAGAAUUCGGGGAGUGUGGACGAAUGA